AGUAACAAAGCAUGAGGUUUCUUCAGGUGGUAGAAAAGGCCAAGAGAGAGAGAGAGAGAGAGAGAGAGAGUAGGUGGCUGUUGGAGUGAGUUGAAGAGGUCUUUCCCUUCGAGGUCUUUUGGAAAGUCUCUCUCUCUCUGGUCCAAAACAAUAUUCAUUGGCCCUUAUCCUUGCUGCCUGAUAUACUUUCUUGAUUUUCUCUGUACUUUUGUUUUUGUUUUUGUUUUUUUUUUUUUUUUGAGCUUGAUCCUGGAACUGAAGACCCGUUACUUGAUACCCUUUUGCCUCUAAUUCAGAGGACCAACAUCCGGUAAUUCUCACAGAUCGGAUCCAAACCAUUCCUAUAUAAUCGUGAUCCAGUUUCAAAUGGAUGCAGGCUCACCAAGAAUCUCAGAACAGUGGCCUCAAGCCAGUGCCCAAGGCCUUAUGGACAGUGGUCUACUUGUUGACCAUUCUGUCCAACCAGCAGCAUGUACUUUGUGCCAAAGAAUCCUUUCUCCUGAAAACGAUGCAAGUGGUGAUCUUGAAACUGUUGGUGUAUGUGGGGACUGUAAAUUCUUAUUUCUUGAAGAUCAUGGCACCCCCAGGCGAAACUCAUAUCAGCGUAGGUUGCCUAGAGGAAGAAGAACCAGGUACAGCAGUUCUGAGUCUGUUGAAAAUCUUUUCUCACAAGAAUUCUCGCAUAUGAUUAAUCUAGCAAGGCAAAACCAAUCGAGUAUCUCUGGGAAUGAGGAUCGAUCUCUAGAGGGUGAUGCUAUGACUAGGUUAUUGCAGCACUCAAGUUCCCGUUCUACCCCAAGUAGAUCUAGAAGUGUAAGAUGGGUACUCUCUGAUACUGAAAGUGAUGGUGUUGAUCAUCUGGAUUCUCUUUAUGGAGAGAGUGAGUCAAGUUUCAGUUUUGGUCAGUAUGGAGCUUUGCAUGGUGAAAGUGAUGCUAUUUCCUUUAGUGCCUAUGGAGGGGACUCAGAUGUUUCUGUUGGAGGACAUAGUUUCCAUGACCCAGAGAUGUUUGCUCAACCAGAUGAGGGUAGCAUUUUUGAUAGUGAUACUGAUAUUGAUCCAAUGCAUGCUGGCCUCAACCAAUGGGACUUGGAGGAGGAGGAGGAGGAUGAAGGAGAAGAAGAAGAAGAAGAAGAUGGUGUGUGGGAAGAAGCUGAUGCUGAGGAAUACACAGUUGAAUCUGCAGAAGCAAGAGGUCGACUUCAACAUUUUUUGACUUCUGAGGAUGCAGUCAGUUGGAGGCUUAGGGAAGGUUAUGUUCAUACUAUCUUUGGUAACUUGGAUGAAGCGGAGUUUUUGCCUUAUGUCAGGAAUUCUGGGGAUUAUCUUGAUGCAAGUGGCUUUGAAGAACUGCUGGUGCGUCUUGCUGAGACUGACAGCUUGAGACGGGGAGCACCUCCUGCAGCAUUGUCUUUAGUAAAUAGUUUGCCUUGUGUAGUAAUUGAUGAACAGCAUGAGAAGCAUGAAGGCUUAGCAUGUGCAAUAUGCAAGGAAGUGUUAACCAGUGGCACCAAAGCAAAUCAGCUUCCUUGCUUUCACCUUUAUCACCCUUCCUGUAUCCUGCCAUGGCUGACCACAAGAAAUUCAUGCCCCCUUUGUCGGUAUGAGCUUCCUACUGAUGACAAAGAUUAUGAGGAGGGGAAGCAGAACAGUAUUGGUAGAGUGGAAAUCCAUGAAAUCCAGCAAGAAAAUGUAAGUGAGGAUAGCUCCUCUGAUGUCUUUGAUAGAGCUGAAGCUGAUGGAGGGCUUGAAUUUUAUCCAGGCAGCUCAGAGGAGAGGGAGCUGCUGGAUGUGGAUCCUGCUACUGAUAUCUCUGGCAGAGAGGGUGGUAGAGGGAGAUGGUAUUUUCUUGCAGCUGCUCCAAUUGUCGGUCUUGUGGGCAUUGUGCUUGUAUGGUGGUUAGGCAAUCCUUUAAUGCAGGGAAGAGUACCACCAAGCCAUUGCAGCUUCCGAGAACAGCGCCAUCGUCAAAUUCACAUUUCUGAUUCCUCACCUAGCCAAAGGGAGAAUAGAAGCAGGAGAUGGUGGUCACUUUUCUAGGAAGCUCUUGAAUGUCUACUAGAAAAAUAUCAGUCUGUUGAUGCGUUGUUUUGAUGGUUUUUCCUGACAUUGCCGUUUGUGCUUUUGACCUUAAGAUACAUAUUCAGGCUGCUGUGCAUUAACUUCUCAACGACUGGAUUCGGAUUAGUCGUAGAAAUUUACCUUUGUUUGAAAAUUCUUUACGAGUAGUACUUUGGUGCUGUUUGGCUGUUCCCUCCUACUGCUCUCUGGUACCAAUGUUAAGUGAACAGUUUCGUCUUUUAAUGGUAUACCCUGUACAGCUGCAUGUUUCCCCUA